AUGGCAGAACUAAUAGUGGAUAGUAAUCCGGAUUUAAGGACAAAAUUAAUUGAACAAGAUGUAUUAAUAGAGUCACAAUCACAACCAAUUUUGUUGACAAGAGUUGAAGUUAACGGAGGUGAAUCAUUUAGUUAUGAUUUUUUUAAUAAACUAUUAAAUCCAUUGCUUUUAGAAGGUGACUAUACAUUAUCACAAUUGACUAAUAAAAUAGCCGAAACUCACCAACAUUUAUUAGAUACCGGGGUUUUUAAAGAUAUAGGAAUUACAUUGACUCCAGAUUAUUACUCCAAUAUUCCAGCUCAUAUUACAUCUUUCAAUCAUGAAAAAUCCCUCCCGGCUAAAGUUGUUUUUGACUUGUCAAAUAUUAACUUAAAUAUAAAUGAAACUUUCCUAAACUUUAAUAAUGAAGAAUUUUUGAAUCUAAAAUUAAAUCAUAUUGACAAUAAUUUCAACGAAAAUGCUGAAUUAGUUUCAAUUGGAGUUGAUUACAAUCCGUAUAAACCAUAUGAUCAUUUAUUGACCAACUUGAAGUUCAUAUCUGGAUUGAAAAAUCCUAGUUUCAAAUUUUUAAUCGAUGUUGGUUACAACACUAGAAACAACCAUGCCUGGCAAGAUUUUAAAGAAAAUCAAUUGGGAGGUAGAAUUGGUUUAUUGUAUAAAAAAAGGAGGGAAUUGAAUAUUUUCACUGGUUUUUCCUUGCAUAAACGAAAUUUGUUCGAUAUAGAUGAUGGGGCUUCAGAUGAUUUAAAAUUUUUUGGUGGAGAGUUUUUAAAAUCAAGUGUCUUGAACACUUUUAAAUAUGAAAAUUUGAAUUAUCUUAAUUCAUUAACAAAAAACUUUCCUACAAGUGGUAUAAAUUUUAAUUGGAAAACGGAAUUAAGUUCAGUUCAAGAACAAAAUAAUCAACUGAAUAGAGGUGAAUUCUUUAAAUCCAGUUUUGGUUUCAACUUAUAUAAAUCUAUUUUUUAUAAUUACAUAACAACUAAAUUCAAUGGUGAAUUUGGUGGGAUUUAUUCUUUCAAUUCAAAAUUUCCAAUACAUCCAUUAGACAAAUUUUAUCUCGGAGGCUAUAAUAACAAUGCAGCAGAAAAUGAUAGUUCUUACUCAUUUGUGGGUUUCAAAAAGAAUAGUAUUGAACCAAAUGGUGGAUUACAGUUUUAUAAGCUUCAAGCAACAAUUUAUUCAAAAAUUCCACACUUUAUAUAUGCUCCAACUUUAAAUAAUGAAAAUUGUGAAUUCAUAACUUGUCCAAAUCCGUUAAGAAUGUACGGUACAUUUUUAAUUGGUAAUGCUUUACCAAAUUUUUUAUCAUUGAAUAAUCAAAACAAUAUAUGGAACGAUAAAAAUCCAGCCAUAAGUUAUGGAUUUGGAUUAAAAUAUUUUAAUAAUUGGGCUAAUUUUGAUAUAGGGUAUUAUGUUAGUUCAAAACUUGGCUUUAAAAACAAUGAUGAAGUUCCUGGAAUUAAAAACGGUUUACAAUUCUCAAUAUCUAUAGGUGGUUCGAAUCGUAAUUUACAGUAG